AUUGAAUGCCAUUCGCUUCACUUGGGCGUACGAUGUAAAGAAAAAUAAACAAAAGAAAAAGAGGAGAAAAAACGUAAUCCAGAAAGAAAGAAGACAGAAGAGGAAGACGUGGCAAGACAGAGAUCAAUGUGUGUGUAUUGUGAUUUUCCAUUUCGUCCACUUGUUUCUUCUUCUUCUUCUUCUUCUUCUUUCUCUAUCAUACUCUUCAGAUUAACUCUCUGCAAUUGCAAAUAACCCAUUUUUGCAACAAAAAGAAAGAGAUAAACAACAAUGGCGGGAAGGCUUCCAACUCAAGUAGCCAUUCCAUCAGAGCUCCAUCAAAAUCGCGGUCAAAUAGGGUGCUCUAAUUUCUUGUCAUGGAAAAACAAUCUUGUUUUACAAAAUUUCCGGGUUUCUUCCCCUUCUUCUAUUUCCUCUCUUUCUGGAAGAUCAUAUGUGCCACCUAUAAUAAAGUGCGUCUCUCAGCCUGCUGUAGCAACUAACUAUGCUCCAGGCACUCCUGUUAGGCCAACAAGUAUAUUGGUUGUCGGCGCUACUGGUACGCUCGGAAGGCAGAUUGUAAGGAGGGCACUCGAUGAAGGCUAUGAUGUACGUUGCCUUGUGAGACCCCGUCCAGCUCCUGCUGAUUUUCUCCGUGACUGGGGAGCAACUGUUGUUAAUGCAGACCUGAGCAAACCAGAGUCAAUACCGGCAACACUGGUUGGAAUUCACACUGUAAUUGACUGUGCCACUGGACGACCUGAAGAGCCUAUAAAAACAGUGGAUUGGGAAGGCAAAGUUGCUCUCAUACAAUGUGCAAAAGCAAUGGGAGUUCAAAAAUUCGUGUUCUUUUCUAUUCACAACUGUGACAAGCAUCCAGAAGUACCAUUGAUGGAGAUCAAGUAUUGCACUGAAAAAUUUCUUCAAGAUUCUGGAAUUAACCAUAUUACAAUAAGAUUAUGUGGUUUCAUGCAGGGCCUUAUUGGGCAGUAUGCGGUGCCGAUCUUGGAAGAAAAGUCUGUCUGGGGAACAGAUGCCCCAACAAGAAUAGCUUAUAUGGACACUCAGGAUAUAGCUCGAUUAACUUUCAUAGCCAUGCGCAACGAGGAUCUUAAGGGGAAGCUUCUCACAUUUGCUGGACCUCGUGCAUGGACAACGCAAGAGGUGAUAACAUUAUGCGAAAGGCUUGCCGGACAAGAUGCGAAUGUGACGACAGUUCCUGUAUCCGUCUUAAGAUUAACUCGCCAGCUGACUCGAUUUUUUCAGUGGACAAAUGAUGUUGCUGAUAGAUUGGCUUUUUCAGAGGUACUGUCGAGUGAUAUGGUGUUCUCAGUGCCAAUGUCGGAGACAUAUCAGCUUCUUGGUGUCGAUCCGAAAGACAUUGUUACCCUGGAAAAAUAUUUGCAAGAUUACUUCAAUAACAUUUUGAAGAAAUUGAAAGACCUUAAAGCGCAAUCAAAGCAAUCCGACAUCUUCAUUUAAACCAAGGUUUUCCAUCGACUCGUUUUGCCUUAUGCUACCUCUUUUUGUACAGUAGAGAUAUCCCGUUUUAGUGGAUUCUUCAAAAUUCUUUCGCCUAUUUUUUCAUACAUCUUGUACCAAUACAAACAUCUGUAAUUGUAAUUACAAUCGGCGCCUUUUGAGAGACUGUCUUUAUAAGAGACGUCUCUCCAAGCUCAGGCCCAAUAAUUGAAAAAAAAAAAAAAAUUUUAAAACUGA